AUGAGGUCUGCAAUUCGAGAAAAAGAACAAGAGAUGAAGAUGAAGGAGGACGGUAAACCCUCACCGAAGGACAUGGACCCAAGUAUGUACAAAGCCGCCAAAGAAGGCAACUUCACUGCCCUCGAAAACUCGAUCCGGAAAUAUGGAGAAGACGAACCCCGGCUAGACCCCCUCAAACUAGAGACCCGCAAGGGCAACAGUCUCGUCCACCUCGCGGCGGAGUCGGGCCACGAGGACUUCAUCAAGCAGGUCCUCCGCAAGUGCCCCCAGCUCGUGGCCAAGCCCAACAACUCCUGCCGCGAGUGCGCCCAGCUCGUUGACAAGCCCGACAAAUCCUGUUGUGGCGCGGACACGCCGCUCCACAUCGCAGCGCGGACACGCCCCUUCAAAGUCAUGGAGACCAUCCUCUCCGAGGCCAAGCUACGGGAGGGGAAGGCCACCACCGAGACGCCAUGCACACAGAAGAUGAAAGAGAUGGAGAAUGGGGGCACAGCCAGGAUCAUUACCAGCUUGCUGAGUAAGACGAACGGGGCCGGGAACACAGCGCUGCACGAGGCGCUGAGGAACGGGAAUGAGAAGAUGGGGAUGUUACUGUGGAGCGAAGAUGAAGAGAUGGUGGGGAGCGUCAACAAGGCCGGCGAGAGCGCAUUGUAUGUGGCGGCUGAGUUAGGGAUUGAGAAAGUGGUAAAGGAGAUGGUGAAGUUCUUGGAGAGCGGCAGGCAAUGUGAAGAAGGUGUUCGGGAUCGCGCUUUGAGGGGCCCGGAAGGCCAAAACCCCUUGCACGCUGCUGUUCUUGCUGGAAGUAGGAAUUGCGUGGAAGCUCUCAUAAAUCUCCAAGGAUCGGAUAUGAUCAACAAGGCCGACGACAACGGAAGAACAGCCCUGCACUUCGCAGCGAAAGCCGGAGAGAAAGACAUCGCCACCCGCCUCCUCCUAACCGACCCUUCCUCGGCCUACACCAAGGAACGCACCCAUGGCCGAACCCCACUGCUCGAAGCCGCCUCGUCGGGCCACCUCCACGUCCUGAGAGAGAUCCUCGAGCACUGCCCCGACACGGUCGAGGUCGCCGACGACGAGGGCCGGAACGUGGUUCACCUCGCGCUGAAGUGCGGGCCGAAACACUCUAAGGCGGUGUUGAGAUUGCCCGAGCUGGUGAGGCUGGUGAACGAGGUCGACCGCUUUGGGAACACGCCGCUGCACGUGGCGGCUGGGGACCUGAACUACAGAAUGGUGAAGAGGUUGCUGAAGAUUCCUGGGGUGAAUCUGAGGGCCAAGAACGACGAGGGCUGCACGUUUCUGGAUAUUUGUGAGUCUGAGUGGCAAUACACCAAGAGGAAGUGCUUACUUACUGGUACUUCUUAUCCAUCCGGGCUGGCCAAAAGCCUCAGACAAGCCCGAAGCCGACCUCAAGGCCACGCCAAUGCCCUCUGUGUCGUCGCCACCCUCCUUGCUACCAUCACUUUUGCCGCCGCCUUCACAUUGCCUGGUGGUUUGACGCCUGAAGAUAUUGACACUCUUCCACCGCUGCCAUCCCCCUUAUACAACUUCCAUGACUCCCCUCAGCACCCACCUCCGGCGAAAUUAAGCGGCCAAAAAAACCACAAACCUGGCCACCCUAUCCUCAUUGAUCAAACUGCUUUCAAGGUCUUCAUCCUAGCCGACGUCCUCGCCGUAUCUACUUCCCUGACAGUCCUGUUCCUCUUGAUCUCAGCUAUGCUUGCCGAGGAAAUGGCCUUGAGGAGGGCCAUCGUGUACAGUAAGAAACUGCUUUACAUCUCCCUCGGGGGGACCAUGGUUGCCUUCGUGACGGGGCUGUACAGUGUCAUAUCGACCGAUGUUGUGUGGUUGGAGUUUGCCGUGGGGGUCAUUGGAUCAAGCAUCCCGUUCCUGAUCAAGUAUUUCCAGGUCAAGAGCUUCACUUCUACUCCUGUGUGUCUUCAUCGGCUCCUCAGCAAGAAGAGCACGAAGAAGCCUUGGAGUGUCAGUUGUAAUGGGAAGGUUCACAACAACUCUGAGUCCUCCGAUAAAACUAGCUCCGUCGAUGAUGAAAUCAAGCGGACUGUGCCACCUCGUCUAUCUUUGGGGCCACAUUGCAAGCGCUUCUCGUCAUAA